AUGUCGUCGGACUCGGAGCCAUCCGCCCAGGCGGUCAAUGGCCUCCCCAACAUCUCGACGCAGGCACCGAUGAUGGACGAGCCGACUACGCCGCUCGACGACGAGUCUGUAAUCGCCUCGUCGCAGCAAAGUAUCCCCCCCACCGAGGCUCCCGACUCCCCGAUUGAACCGUCGUCUUCAUUCAAUGGAGCGCUCAGCGAAGACCGUGCGGUAGCUCCCAUCAUUCCAUCGUCGCUCACCCCGCCUCCUUCGUCACAAAUCCCCACCCUCACGAUUGCUGGUGUGCCCACGGCUCAGUCACACAGCCUGGCCCCCUCCCAUCGCCCGAGCCUCUUCUCACCGCCUGCAACCGGCAUCAAUGGCAUCAAGCGCGUGAGCAUUCCCGACUUUGCAACCCCGACACAAACACAGAUCGCCGAUGCCUCGGCCGAUGAGCUCCGGAGCAUGCUCCAAAGCUGCAUGGCUGAGCAGGCCCGCCUUAAGAUGGAAGCCGCUCACCACAAGCUGCAGUUUAACAUGCUCAGUAUUCGGGCGGACGAAGAUACAAAGCGCGCCGCCGUCGAGCACGAGAUGGCCAAGAAAGAGGUCGAGGCCCUGCAGCAAGCCGAGUGUGCCCGCCAGGCCCGCCGGGACAUCACCACAGCGCCCGAUUCAGCACAAACCAAGUACAUGGAGCUUAAGGCCUUGCACGACCUCGCUCUUGAAGAGAACGACACCCUACACAAAAAGGUCAAGGCCGCCCGGAAGGUCAUCCAACAAAAGGAGGACGAGAUCGCCACUCUAGCGGACGACCGUGAGAUGCUGCUGAACCGCAUCCGAGAAAACCGCGAGCACUUCCACCUCCUCUGCAGCCCCGGAGGUAUGUUUCAUGGGGUCGUAACGCCUAAGGCCCAAGCUACAAGCCCUCAGCAGCACCGUACCACCCCGAGACAGACUCCUAAGGCGUCACAACGGGACAGCCAGCGCGAUCCUCACCACCACCACCAUCACCACAAUCAAGAAGGCUUCGCCGUCCUUCUCCAAGCUCUCAGUCAAGACAACAACAGUGCCCCCUCGACCCCGAUCGUCGGCCAACGCCCCGCGCCUCGCCUACCCUCGAAACAUACCCGCAAUGUCCAGUCAAUGUCCUCCUUACCAUCAACCCCACAGGCCCGCACCCCCGCCAACAACCGCGGUCUCCUCCCAUCGAUCGAUCUAGUCCCUCAGACCGAACCGCCCCAGCGUCGCACCCAUUUCAUCCCCGAAACGCCGGCAUCGUCCAAGAUUCACGACCGUCGCAAGAGCCGAGAGAGCACCAUCUCGGCCGAGGACAACCAAGAGCUCGCUCGCCAAGCCCUCCAGUCAUUCGCCUCGCGUGGAUCCCAACAUUCCCACAGUUCCUCCCGUCAGCGCAUGUCUCGCGGAGGGGAGGACGACGAGGCCGAGAUCUACGAGAGCCAGGCCAGCCAGGCGGCAUCGGAGAUGCUCCGUCGGAACCCACGCGAGAGCUUCGAAGUAUCCGCUUCAAAUGGUAACUCGCGGGACGGUACUCCGGCAGUGACGGAACGGAGUGUCAAGUUGCAGGCCAAGUUGUUUGGCGGGGUGAACAAGAGCGGCAUGUCGUCAUCGCAGCCAUCUGGCAAGCGCAAGUUCAACGGGCCGCAUGGUGACCCGGUGGACGGGUACCCCGCAAUUCAUCAUGACCAUGUCAACAGCCCGACGAAGAAGUUGAGGGAGGUUGGUGGACUACGGGAUCCGGGACGGGUUGGUUUGGGGAUACAGUACAGCAGGGAUUUAUGA